AUGGAGCAAGGGCUGUCGUUCGACCUCAAUGUCGGCCCCGAGGUGGAAGAAUUUGCCAACGCCCUUGACAACUGCCUCUCGCCAUUCCUAUCGCAAGAAGACAAACGAGCCCGAAUCCUCGACCUCCCUCGGAAGUACUACGAAAAUGCGGUCCGACGACUGCAGCAGGCGCGGCCGAAGAGAGCUCGCAGCGGUUACGAGGAUGUAGAUAUGGAUGCUGAUGAGUUGGAGACAGCGGAUGGAGAGGGCCUCUCUGGGGAAGCUGAUGAGCUUAAGCAGCUGGAAAAAGAAGUGCAGACCUGGGACCUUAUUCGACGACUACUACCGCUACGCUACGCAACGCCAGAAUCAAAGGCAAACGAUCGGCCAUCAAUAGAACUAGACACAAGCUCGACGCAGUCCGAUUUGCUGCUAGAGUUUCUCCUUUCUGAUCCUACAGCUCGGGAGCGCCAUGCAGUCCUUCAGUGGCUUCAGAACAACGCGGCCGAUGGCCCGGAUAUUGACGACCUGGCCCGAGAUCUCCUGAAACAGGCCGACCGAGGGGACAUUAUUGCGCAUGGCUGGCUUCACACGCGAGCAACGAUUAAGCUGCGGAAGAAUUUGACGGCGUGGAAUGGAUUGCUGGAUCGCCAGCAGCCUAGAGUCAUGGAAUCUCAUGUCAACAAGGAUGGUGCUCCCCUGAUUACGCAGUUGGAUCCCGAUGCCAUCACUCGUCAGGGACGAAAGCUUGAGCCUGCCGACGAAUACUUUGAGCGUGCCAUUUGGCUUGGUUGUUUUGAACAUCUUCGCCGUGGAAGUAGCCUGGAAGAACUGCGCGAGUGGUGUCAAGAGCGAACGGAAAUGUGGCGGGCUGUUUCCAUGUCUGCCAUGCUUCUCUCUGAAGACGACCAAACUGCCCUGGCCGAUGACUUGAAGCCCGAGUCUCUGGCUCUCUGGAGACGGAUGUGCUUUGCCCUGGCUCGACAGGGGGGUUCAGAUGAUUACGAGCGUGCGGUGUAUGGUUUGCUCUCGGGUGAUAUCACCAGCGUCGAGAAGAUUGCCCGGAGAUGGGACGACUUCCUCUUUGCCAACUACAACGCCCUUUUACGAACCCAGUUUGACACUUACGUCCUGAGCCGAUGCCCACCAGAUGUGAGCUCGACAUUGACUCAGAAUUUCCCCUCCUUCGACGCUGUUCAGUUCUUGGGAAAGCCACAGGGAGUUGAAAAGCGCCUCGUUCGCUCGCUCGAGUCGCAAGCCAGAAUCCAAGAUGAGGCGACGGAGCCUAGUAAAGCUCUGCAAGCCGCGUUUAUUGCCAAGGAUGUUGAGCGCCACUUGUACGAGCAAGGGCUCGUCAUGAUUGCGGAUGCGAACGCAAAUGGCAAAUCUAUCCUUCUGCCUUCUUCCGAGCCCAUCAACUCUUCUGUUGUGAAAAAGAAGUAUUUUAACCUGGAUCAACAUGAUGGGCUUCGCAUUGUAUCACACGUCUAUGUCCUCACAGCGCUGAUGAAGAAAUUCGGCGGUGCCCAGAAGAAGGUCUCCAACUUUUCACCACCACCCCAAUUGACGUUUUCCCAGGAGAGUAUCUUGGCAGGGUAUACGGAUUACUUGCGUCGUGCCGGUCUGCAGGAGCUCAUCCCCCUGUAUUGCUCAAUACUAGAGGCACCAAGACAAUAUGACGUUCUGAGCUGGAACUUGAUCCACGAGGAGGACCCCGAACAGCGCUUAUUGCAGUUGAAGUUGAUAAAGAAGGCUGGCAUCGACGUCCUGAAGUUUGUAGACAGGCAGGUGAUACUCUUUUACGAGGCAUUGGGCAGCAAGGCUUCUCAGCAGGCUGCCUUUAGCAUCAUCAGCGACGGACCUUCAACACCACAGUUUGGGAAGCUGAUAAAAGCAGACUUCUUUGGCUAUGAGGAGGGCGUCGUGCAAAACGGUGAUGAUCAUGUUAUCCGUUCCUUGGAGUGGCUCUUAAUGGUGGAUGGAAAGUGGGCCGAUGUCUUCUCUAUGGGAACAAAGGUUUACAAGUUCUUCUUGCGUACCGGACGCCUCGGAGCUGCCCGACGGCUCUUUGAGAGGAUUUCCUUCGAGAAGAUUAUCCAGGGGAUCUCGGGACAGGAAGAGACUGACGACAUUUGGUAUGAGGAUGUCGAUUUUUGGGCCAAGCUGCUGGAGCGUAGUGAAGUCUCCAACAUGACCCCUGAGAAGGUACAGGCCGAGGCACGGAAAUUCCGCGGGCUUGAAGCUCUCGUCAAAGCUUUGGAUGGCUUAGAGACAAUUGCCUCCUUGAUGCUUAUCUCAACUGAGCUGUCACAUGGAGAUCGGGACUUUUGGGGUCCGGCGGGUGAGGCAAUCAAGAACGUCAAAGAUUACAUGCGGCCCUUACUGAAGGGAUGGCUACUGCCGGCGAUCAAGAGCGGUGAUUCCGAGCUACGGGAUAUUCGAGCUGCCUACCUGCCAGAGACCAUCUUAGCGUAUAUUAGCGCUCUCCAUUUCGCAGGCACCGGCUUGUCACGAGAUAAUCUAUUAGAGUGCAUGGAGCUCGCCGCCUUGGUGGCAGAGCGUGAGUCAGAUCUGAAAGAAGUCUUCACAGAGGCUAAGCGCAUGACGGAGCUUGUCGAGGCGUUUGCCGCCUGCAGCAAGGCGCUGGCCAUUGCCACUGGAGAGAAGAGGCCGUCUGGAUCUGGCAGCAAGAGGCAGCGGGAGAUGGGAUGGUCGCGAGAUUUGUGGUCUGUCAAGACGGGAUCGGGAGACGCGAGCGUCAUUGGGCCUGCGUAGUGUAUAGCAUGUAUGGGAUUUUUUUUCCUUUUCGGUCAGCUGGGAUGAAUUAAGGAUCAUGGGAUUUCUUUG